UAGCGACCUAGUCUACUCUCAUCCGCCAUCGAGCUUUCUCACUCUCUUCACUCUCUCUGUCUCACACACUUUGAUUCCAGUGAAAAAUAAUUUGUUUUCAAAUUCUUUUGACUUUUUGACUUAAUCCGUACAACUCUCAGCAUCAAUCGCAAGCGAAAAUGGUGGGCCGCAGCAAAGAACAGGAACAAGAAAUCAUCGAAUGGAUCGAGGCCGUUUUGGGCGAGAAAUUGCCCGGCCAGCCGUACGAGGACGUCCUGCGCGACGGCAUCAUUUUGUGCCAAUUGAUCAACAAAAUCGCGCCGGGCUCGGUCAACAAGAUUCAAACGAGCGGCGGGAGUUUCAAACUGAUGGAAAACAUCCAAAGGUUUCAAACGGCGUUGAAAAAGUACGGCGUUCCCGAGGAGGAAAUUUUCCAGACGGCGGAUUUGUACGAGCGUCGCAACAUUCCGCAAGUCACGCUCUGCCUCUACGCCUUGAGUCGAUUGACGCAGAAGCAUCCAGAAUACACGGGUCCUCGCAUGGGACCCAAGAUGGCCGACAAGAAUGAACGCGAGUUCACCGAGGAGCAAUUACGUGCUCACGAGGGACACGUCGGACUCCAGGCCGGAUUUAACAAAGGAGCCUCCCAGGCCGGCGUCGGAGGAUUCGGAAACACCCGACACAUGUGAAAACAAAAACAAAAAGAACAAAACUCUCUCCCCAGCAGCAGCCGGCGACGCUAAAAUUCACAGCCAAUUAUCGUAAUCCCCAAACUUUUUAAUUUCAUUUUGGUUGUUUUUUCUGUUUUCACUGAUGAUUAUAAUUGACAUUUUUUUGGGAUUGGAAGAUAAACAUCUAGACGAGAGGUUAUAUAACAUAUAUUUCCUUUUUUUAAUUCGAUGGCACAGCCCCCUAAACCCCCAUCAUCGGUGCCAAAUAAAUGACGUAAAAGGGAGUUGGAUCAUGUUGAGGGGGGACUUGAUUCAAGCAACUUUUUGUGCAUAAAAGAAUUAUUCUUUUUGUUUUUCAAAUUGAUUUAAUAACAGCCAGCCAGCCACUUUCUCCCUGCCUUUUGUUUUCAGUCUGAUUGUUUCGCUCAAUCGUCAAACGAACAACACAAUGCCGGAGCUAUAAAACGAGAUUGAAGCUAUUUUCUAAUUGUAAUUCAUUUUUUGUUCUUUCUGCAGUCAUUUCUCUCGUUUCCUUUUUGUUUUCUUGUUUCAUUUUUACUACACCACUCACAACAUUCUCUAUAUUUGGAUCUGCAUUUGAAAUUUGAAUUGAAAGUCGAAAAGAUUGGGCGAGAAAUGAAAAAAAGAAAAGAAAUGGAAGCGAACCGAAACCACCGAAUUUUGCACAGCAUCCGCACGCAUCCGCCAAACCAGCGCACAUUCUCACACUUGUUGUAAUAAUACAAUUCCUUCUACUCCUUUUCUCUCCCGCCGCAGGCUGUUUGUCCCAACUAUUAUUUGAAUUUCGUGUUGUCACUAUUAUUCCUUUGUUGUUAAUUAUAUUAACCGCAACAGUAAAAAAAGAAGAAAACCUUUGUCCAA